AUGCUCUCGCCUGAGCUCCCUCCAAUGUCGAAACCCUCUCCCAGAACCAAGCCCUCUUCUUGGCUCGCCGAUAGCUUGCUCUUCUUCAGCGGGGCAUUUCUCGCUCUCCUCGUCCUCUUCACUUUUUACUCCUUCGUAAGCACUUAUUCAUCCCCCAAUUUCGCCCGUACGGUCACUUCUCCGCCGCCCACCGCCGAACCCGAUCAAUGCGCCGACGAUGCUAACCUACGCCGCGACCCGCCGGACCCGACCUUUUACGACGACCGGGAAGUCAGGUACACGCUCGGGGACCCGGUUCAGAACUGGGACGAGAAGCGGCAGCAGUGGCUGCUCCUUCACCCCUCGCUCGCCGCCGGAGCAGGGGAGAGGAUUCUGAUGGUGACGGGAUCUCAGCCGGCCGCGUGUCGCAAUCCUAUCGGCGAUCAUCUCCUCUUACGAUUCUUCAAGAACAAGGUGGACUACUGUAGAUUCCACGGGCACGAAAUCUUCUACAACAACGCGUUGCUGCACCCGCGGAUGGGCAGCUACUGGGCCAAGCUGCCCGUAAUCCGGGCCGCCAUGGUGGCCCAUCCGGAGGCCGAGUGGAUCUGGUGGGUUGACUCGGACGCGUUGUUCACCGACAUGGAGUUCAAGCUCCCUUUGGACCGGUACAAGAACCACAACCUCGUCGUCCACGGCUGGGCCCACCUGGUCAUGGAGACGCACAGUUGGACGGGGCUCAACGCCGGCGUGUUCUUGAUCAGGAACUGCCAGUGGACCAUGGAUUUUCUCGAGGUGUGGGCCAGCAUGGGCCCACAGACCCCGGACUACGAGAAAUGGGGAGAAACCCUCCGGUCAACGUUCAAGGACAAGGCGUUCCCGGAGUCAGACGAUCAGACGGGCCUCGCUUACUUGAUCUACAAGGAGAAGGAAAAGUGGGGGAAGAAGAUUUAUCUGGAGAGCGAGUAUUAUUUCGAAGGGUACUGGGCGGAGAUAGUCGGGACGCUUGACAAGAUCGAGGACCGGUACGAGGAGAUAGAGAGAGGGGAGGAGGACAAUGCGGUGCGUUUAAGGAGGCGGCACGCGGAGAAGGUGAGCGAGCAAUACGGUGCGUUUCGGGAGGAGUAUUUGGGUGAGGCGGGGUACGGGAGAGGGAGCUGGAGGCGACCGUUCAUCACGCACUUCACCGGAUGCCAGCCGUGCAGUGGGAAGCACAACGAGAUGUACAAGGCGAAUUCGUGUUGGGAUGGGAUGGAGAAAGCGUUGAAUUUCGCUGAUAAUCAGGUGCUUCGCAAAUACGGUUACGUGCACCCGAGCACAAUGGAUCGUGCGGUCUCUACCGUGCCGUUUGAUUACCCGUCCGAGUAA